AUGGCACCACCAGUCGAAAAUUCCCCUCAGACGAUAUCGAUCCUUGGCGAGGCCAGCAUCAUCGCCGACUAUGCUCUGUGGCCGGCCCGCAUCGGAACGGACCUCCUCCGCAACGUACAAUCAUCCACGUAUGUCCUCCUAACCGACACGAAUCUCUUUCAGACCUAUGUUCCUCCCUUUCGGGACUUCUUCGACGCCAACCGGGGCGAUGGCGCGACCCGCCUGUUGACAUAUGCUAUUCCGCCCGGCGAGGCGUCCAAGUGUCGAGAGACCAAGGCCGAGAUCGAGGAUUGGAUGCUAUCCCAACAAUGCACUCGAGAUACCGUUAUCAUUGCCUUGGGCGGCGGCGUGAUAGGCGACAUGAUCGGAUACGUUGCGGCGACAUUCAUGCGAGGAGUCCGAUUCGUCCAGGUUCCAACAACACUACUGGCCAUGGUCGACUCAUCCAUUGGCGGCAAGACGGCUAUUGACACGCCCAUGGGCAAAAACCUGGUGGGCGCCUUUUGGCAGCCGCGACGCAUCUACAUCGACUUGGACUUUCUCGAAACUCUCCCGGCCCGCGAAUUCAUCAACGGAAUGGCCGAGGUGAUCAAGACGGCCGCCAUUUGGGACGAGACCGAGUUCACCGUUUUGGAGCGGUCUGCCGCAGACAUUUUGGCAUGCGCUCGUUCCUGCAGUGCUGGUCGCUUCCGGCCCAUCAGGGAUGCUCUGAAACGAGUCGUCAUCAGCUCAGCGCGUGUCAAGGCAGAAGUGGUCUCAAAGGACGAGCGUGAGGGCGGGUUGCGCAACCUUCUCAACUUUGGCCAUUCCAUCGGUCACGCGAUAGAGGCCAUCCUGACGCCACAGUUGCUUCACGGCGAAGCAGUCGCCAUUGGCAUGGUCAAGGAGGCAGAGUUGGCACGAUUUCUGGGUGUGCUGCGUCCCCACGCCGUUGCUAGACUGGCCAAGUGCAUUGCCGCCUACGGACUGCCCACAUCUCUGCAAGACAAGCGAGUCGUCGAGCUGACGGCUGGAAAGCAGUGUCACGUGGAAGAUAUGCUGCGGAAAAUGUCCGUUGAUAAGAAGAACGACGGCGGCCAGAAGAAGAUUGUGCUAUUGUCUGCGAUUGGCAGGACCCACGAGGCCAGAGCCAGCGUCGUGGCAGAUCGGUACAUCAAGUUGAUUCUUUCGUCAUCAGUAUCCGUGACACCCGGAGUACCCCGCGGUCUCAACGUUACCGUCACUCCACCAGGGUCCAAGAGCAUCUCGAACAGAGCGCUGGUAUUGGCGGCCCUCGGCUCCGGACGCUGCCGCAUCAGCAACCUACUCCACUCGGAUGAUACCGAGUACAUGCUAUCUGCAAUCGCCCGGCUCGGUGGCGCCUCAUACUCGUGGGGAGAUGCUGGCGGCGUGCUUGAGGUUCAGGGUAGAGGCGGCCAACUUAAGGCCAGUCCAGAUGACUUGUAUAUCGGCAACGCUGGCACGGCCUCUCGCUUUCUCACCACUGUGGUGGCGCUCUGCUCCUCGACCGACGUGGUCAAGUCGACAGUGCUGACGGGAAACAGCCGGAUGAAGAUGCGCCCAAUUGGCCCUCUGGUCGACGCGCUGCGGCUGAACGGAGUCAAGAUCGAGUACCUGGGGAAGGAGAACAGCCUGCCGCUCCGGAUCCACGCCGCAGGAGGUCUGGAAGGUGGUGUGAUUGAGCUAGCGGCGACUGUAUCUUCUCAGUACGUUUCAUCAAUUCUCAUGGCGGCGCCCUACGCCAAGAGCCCUGUCACCCUCCGCUUGGUAGGUGGCAAGCCCAUCUCACAGCCAUACAUCGACAUGACCACUUCGAUGAUGAAAUCGUUUGGGAUAUCAGUCAUCAAGUCCACUACAGAGAUGGACACAUACCACAUCCCCCAAGGAGCCUAUCAGAACCCUCCGGAAUAUACCAUCGAGAGCGAUGCGAGUUCAGCCACUUACCCACUGGCCGUGGCGGCGAUUACCGGCACAACCUGCACUGUUUCCAAUGUUGGAUCUCAGUCUCUCCAGGGAGAUGCACGAUUCGCCAUCGAGGUGCUGCGGCCCAUGGGCUGCUCCGUCACGCAGAGCGAGCUCUCGACCAUGGUGACUGGCCCGCCGGCGGGGACCUUGAAAGCCCUUCCACUUGUGGACAUGGAGCCUAUGACAGAUGCCUUCCUGACCGCCUCAGUAUUGGCGGCCGUCGCCAAUGGCACGACCCAGAUCAACGGCAUUGCUAAUCAGCGAGUCAAGGAAUGCAACCGAAUCGAGGCUAUGAAAGACCAGCUGGCCAAAUUUGGCGUGGAAUGCAGAGAACUCGAGGACGGCAUCGAGGUUCGGGGGAACUCGCUGAUCGGCCUGCGUGCGCCAGAUGCUCAGAUUCACUGUUACGACGAUCAUCGCGUUGCCAUGAGCCUCAGUGUGUUAUCUCUAGCAUCACCACGCCCCACCAUCAUCACCGAGCGGGAAUGCGUGGGGAAGACGUGGCCGGGGUGGUGGGACACGCUUUCUCAGCCGUUCCAAGUCAGCCUAGAUGGUGUCGACAACGGCACCGCUACUCAACGUGCCGUUGCGAAAACCCUGGGUACCCAACGAACAACAUUUGUGGUUGGGAUGAGAGGGGCUGGGAAAACCACGGCGGGACAGUGGAUGGCGACGCUCUCGGGUUCCAAGUUCAUCGAUCUGGACCAGGAGCUCGAGCGACGUUGCGGAAAAAAGAUCACUGACAUGGUCAAUGGCCCGGACGGCUGGGAAGGGUUUCGCCGGGACGAGCUGGCGCUCUUGCGCGACUUGGUGGAGACACAGCCCCAUGGCCACGUCUUCUCCUGCGGCGGAGGAGUAGUCGAGACACCUGAAGCCAGGGAACUUCUGCAGGCUCAUUGCCGCAACGGUGGUCAUGUCGUCCUGGUCCAUCGGAAUAUCGAACAGAUCGUGGAGUAUCUGACAAGAGACAAGACAAGGCCUGCAUACACAAACGAGGUUCGGCAGAUUUAUGAGAAGCGCAAAGGAUGGUAUGACCAGUGCAGCAACCACGUCUACUACAGCCCCCAUACCGAGGCCCCCGUCAGCGGCGCUGAGAUACCCGAGGAUUUCAAGCUCUUUGUAGCCUCGAUCCACGGCACAAGCACUCAUUUUGAGGCGACAGUUGGAAAGAGGCAAAGCUUCUUCGUCUCGCUGACGUUUCCUGACCUAAGUAAAGCCCGCGACGAAAUUUCCCGUGUCGUUGCCGAAGUUGACGCAGUGGAGCUCCGAGUUGAUCUCCUAGAAAGGCAAGAUCCUGACUCAAUACUGGAGCAGGUGUCUGUUCUACGGGACGUGGCCCAAAAGCCCAUCAUAUUUACUGUUCGAACCGAGGCGCAGGGAGGAAAGUUCCCCGACGACGACGAGGACAGGCGUCUCGCGCUUUACUGCCUGGGUCUGCGGAUGGGCGUGGACUAUCUCGACGUGGAAGUGACGGCCGACGACCACACACUGCAAGUCGUAUCAGAUUUGCGUGGACAUGUCCGGAUCAUCGCUUCCCAUCACGACCCGCAAGGCACUCUAUCCUGGAAAAACGCGUCAUGGAUUCCAUUCUACAACAGGGCCCUACAGUACGGCGCCGUCAUCAAGCUUGUUGGCGUUGCCCGAGCUAUUGAGGACAACUUUGACCUAACGAGCUUCAAAUCCAAGAUGCUGGCCUCGCAGAAGACUCCGAUCAUCGCGAUCAACAUGGGAGUGGCGGGUAAGCUCAGCCGCAUACUCAAUGGCUACCUCACGCCCGUCUCUCAUCCCGUUCUACCCUUUCCAGCCGCACCGGGCCAAAUGUCCGCUGCUGAAAUCCGGCAAGGCCUAGCAUUACUUGGUGAGAUUGAGGCGCGUAAAUUCUAUCUCUUCGGGAAACCCAUCUCCCAGUCAAGGUCGCCGGCCCUUCACAAUCGCCUGUUCCAGCGAAUGGGGCUGCCGCACCAUUACGAGCUGCUGGAGACCGACAACGUCUCCGAUGUACGCGCCGUCUUACAAGCCGCAGACUUUGGAGGCGCCUCUGUCACGAUACCCCUGAAGCGGCACGUGAUGGAACUUGUCGAUGAACUGACGCCUGCGGCUCGGCUCAUUGGCGCGGUGAACACGGUGACGCCCCUCACGACGAAUGUGACGGAUGACCGCCAGCGCUUUCUUGGAGAUAAUACGGACUGGAAGGGCAUAGCAUACACACUGAGGCAGGCCGGGGUGCUGGGGCGCAGCAGUGGCAGCUGCGCAAUGGUCGUCGGCUCCGGGGGCACGACAAGAGCGGCUGUUUUUGCGCUGCACUCGAUAGGGUUGCGUCCCGUCUACGUCGUGGGACGAGACCGCAGCAAAGUCGAUGCUCUCGCGGCGGAUUUCCCUGGCGACUACGAUGUUCGUGUGGUCACCGGACCUUCGGACGUUGUAGAAAUGACAGCAGACCUGAGAGUCGUCAUCAGCACCAUUCCAGCGGACAAACCCGUCGACCCCAUGGUAAAGAAGUUGCUUUCCAUGACUCUAGCGCGCUUUACGAACCCAGCGCAGGGCCGCGUCCUGCUUGAAAUGGCGUACCAGCCCCGAGUGACGCCAGUCAUGCAGCUGGCGGAAGAAGUCGACGGGUGGACAGUGGUUUCUGGAUUGGAGGUGCUGACAUCCCAGGGCUGUUACCAGUUCGAAAUUUGGACCGGCAUCACUCCAUUAUUCAGUGACGCACGCGACGCCGUCCUCGACUUUGGUGAGGACGCUUGA